AUGAUGAUCAUAUUAUUAUUUUGGAAUCUGCGAUGGUUAGUUUUACUCUCUAUAUUUGGACAACUCGACGGACAAUUUGAAGAAGAAACUUGGCCUUUAUCAAACUCAUCUACCAUCCGACUAUUAGGCCUUUUUCAAGAUAAAGUAAACGGAUAUCAAUCUAUUGAAUUUUCUAGUCAUUGUCGCGCUAUGUUUAAAGCAGCAGUCAUACUUUCUCAGCAAUAUGGUAUAAAAAUUGACGGGAAAUUCAUAGAAUGGCAAGUAGCAGAAACUCAUGCUAAAGCAAUAAAUGCUAUGAGUAGUGCAUGUGAAGCCUUAUCUGCUUAUAACAUUAUUGGCAUUGUGGGUCCAGUAUUGUCAAGAGAAAUUCCUAUUAUUGCUGAGUUUGGCGACAAAGUUCGAAUACCUGUUAUAUCACACGCUGCAACAGAUCCUAAUUUAUCUGAUCGAACAACUUAUCCGGCUUUCUAUCGUACAGUUCCUUCUGACAAUAAUGCAGCGAUAGCAAUUGUAAAACUGUUUCUUCGAUUUAAUUGGACUUCAUGUAUAAUUAUUCAUCAAAAUGAUGCCUAUGGAUUGAGCGGUGUAAAAGCAAUAACUGAAGCAUUCGCUCAUAAUGGUUUCAUAGUUACAAAUACAUUAGUAUUUGAUAUAUCAAAAAAAACAAUUGUUAUAUUAUGGGCUGAAGCAAGUUAUAUAUCUUCAAUUUUACUAGAUACACUUUAUUCUGAUGUACUUGGUCCACAUUUCACAUGGAUAUUAAGUUCAAGUGUUUCAUUAUACAUUUACGAUGAUAUAUCUAUUCAGAAAUUAAUUGGAAUACUUACUGUUGAGCCUACAGUAGGAAAUGUUUUCCAUGCACCAACUAAUACAACAUUAUUAAAAGAAGCCUAUAACAUUUGGAAACAGUAUGAACCUAUAACGUUUCCUAACUCGAGUGAUGUAGAUUAUUACGCAUUAUUUGCAUUUGAUGCAACAUGGACAUUGAUUAAAUCAUUAAAAGAAUUUUGUUCAAGAAAUAUUGAUAAUUCUUCUUCAUGUAUAUCGUUUCUCAAUGCUUCAUCUUGUUUUGAUCGUCAGUUUCUCGAUAACUCUUUAUAUUUCAAUAUAAUUGAUAAUAUGACAUUUCUUGGUGUAUCAGGUCCUGUACAAUUUAGUAGUAAUGUAACAGAUCGAAUCAAUGGUUGUUAUUAUAUUGCAAAAAACUAUCAAUAUUAUUCGAAUGGACUAAAUUUUGUACCAAUAUUGAGAUACUCUGAUCAUGAUGGUUGGGAAGAAUAUUCUGAAACACGUGCUAUUGUUUGGCCGGGUAAUUCAUUAAUAUCUCCUACUGGUCAUGCACAACUUGCUGGUGUUAAAUUAAGAAUUGGUGUUAUUGAAUCAGAUCCAUUCACAAUUGUUACAACGGUAAUGAAUGAAUUUGGACAGAAUAUAACGAAAUUCAUUGGUUAUAUACCUGAUCUUAUCGACCAUCUGCAAAAGAAGAUGAAAUUUAUUGCAAAUAUUGAGUUAAUAUCAAAUCGAACAUAUUCUUCAUUAGGAGAACUAAUAGAAAACGGUGUUUAUGAUAUAAUAGUAGGUGAUGUGACAGUUACUGCAGUAAGAAGAGAAAAAGUUGGAUUUUCACAAGCAAUAUUUGAAAAUUCUUUACGCAUUGUUAUGCGAAAAACUCCUGAUGUUCAGAUCGAUCCCUUGGCAUUCUUGAAACCAUUCACACUUAGUCUUUGGUUAUUGAUCUUGGGUACUACUAUUAUGACUGGUAUUUUAAUCUGUUUAUUAGAGAGACAAAAAAAUCAAAAACGACAAAAACAAUCAAUAAUGAAUGUGUGUGCAAUGGCUAUGUGGUAUAGUUUCGGUAAUCUUAUUGGAUUUGGUGCAGAUUUUGAUGUUAAAACAGUUGGUGGACGUUUAUUAACUGCUGGCUUAUAUCUCUUAUGUUUAGUAUUAGUUGCAUCAUACACUGCAAACUUAACGUCUGAUUUAACAGUAGCAAAGUCGAAGAAUGUUAUUUCUGGAAUCGAUGACAUUAAAAGUGGUAAAAUACCAUUCAAUCGUAUUGGUAUUCUUAUUGGUACAGCAAGUGAAGAAUUUUAUUUAAGAGAAAUCUCUAGUAGUAGUCGAAAUUUUUAUCCAUUAAAAUCUCGAAAAGAAAUGUAUGAUAGUUUAGUAAAUAAUCUGAUCGAUGUAACCUUUAAUGAUGUAGGCGUUGCUGAAUAUAUGACUAAUAAUAUCUAUUGUAAUGCAACAUUACUUGGUGAAGAUUUUAAUAAAGGUGUCUUUGGUAUUAUUACACCUAAACAAUGGUUAUAUGGACAAGAUUUAGAUGUUCAUAUAUUAUCCUUAAAAGAAUCAGGUGAUCUUGAUAAUUUGCGACGCACAUGGUUUCACAUAAAGAAAUGUCCUGAUUCAUCAACAACAUCGAUUGCGAUUGGCAUUGAAUCAUUGAUUGGGUUGUUUAUAAUGUUUGG